AUGUCCGAUACCGUGGAUCUGGACACUGAUCGCAUUCGGGAAUGGCGCUCGAUCAUCACACUGAUCGUUUUUGUCUUGGCCAAUCUGACGGUCCUGUUCCCAUUUCACAUUCCGGUAUACCUUCCACGGCAGCUGGUGUCUGCUGUCGUGGCGUCCUUGCGAGCGCUGCGGAUCGUGCCAAAGACAUCAGCACGACCGGCCGGCGAGCCCGCGACAUUCUUCGUACGCUUCAUGUUCCCGGUGGACCUUGUUACGGCUCCUCUCAUUGCCGACCUGUUUCUGCUGGCCAUUCAUGCGAUCGGCAGAAAAGAGGUACACGAUGGCACCAUCGGCGCCAAUCACAUUGCGCCCAUUGACAUUAUGGCCUUCUUCAUCACACUGGCCUACAUUGCCAUCUCCAUCGAUGCAUCAGGCUUGAUCAAGUGGCUCGCCUUCAAGGUGCUUCAGAAAGGCGGAAAGCACGGUCACCGUCUCUUCUUCUAUCUCUACUGCUUCUUCUUCGGCAUGGCAUGUCUGGUAGGGAACGACCCUAUCGUAUUGUCCGGUACACCUUUCCUCGCGUAUGUAACAAAAGCUUCUCAAAACAUACACCACGAGAAAGCCUGGAUAUAUGCCCAAUUUGCUAUGGCAAACAUUGGGUCCACCGUACUGGUCUCCUCGAAUCCCACCAACCUCGUCUUGGCCGGAGCAUUUGGGAUCAAGUUCAUCGUCUAUACGGCGAAUGUUAUAGUUCCAGUUAUCGCCACUGUGGUCCUUCUCUUUCCAUUUCUGCUGUACGUCCUCUUUCGAGGUAACGGUCUCGUGCCGAAAACCAUCCAAAUGUGUGAGCUUCCCGAUGAGGUCAAGAUGCGGGAACCUGUCAAUCCGAACAUUCCUGUGGAAAAGCCAACAGAUGACGACGACGACUUGACUGCACUCUCCGAGAUUCUCAAUCCCUAUCUGGACCGACCGAGCGCAAUCUUCGGAGCAACACUCAUGGGUGCAACCUUGAUCACGAUUCUCGUAUUGAAUGCUGCGAGUCCAAGUGGGAGCGAGCAUCCAGUCUACUGGGUCACUACGCCAGCGGCCGCCAUCAUGUUCACAUGGGAUGUCGUUCGAGGCUGGAAGCAUCGUGACCAUUCACGGCGGACCGCAAGGGGCGAGCUUCAGUCCGAGACAACUUCCGAUGAGUUCAAAAUGGAUGAGCUGCCCGCGGAGUCCAAAGUCGAUUCCGCACCAGAUGCUGAAUUUAGUAAAGAUACCUGUCCCGGGCAAGCUCUCGAAAAGGAAACAUCGCCGCCACAGGACGACGUCUCCUCGAUUGCCAUGGAUCUUCGAGACGAGACCGAAAAAGUACCCGUCCACGAGAAAGACUACGCACCGCAUGAAGAAAAGACCCUCUACUCUCUUAUCGUCAGUUGUUGGAAGUGGGCAAGACAGACCUUUCCCACUGCCACGACCGUCCUUCGCUAUCUGCCCCUGAAGCUCGUCCCUUUCGCGUUCUGCAUGUUCAUCCUCGUGGAGGGACUAGUGACAAAGGGCUGGGUGGCAGUGUUCGCAUAUGGGUGGAAUCACUGGGUCUUGAAAACGGGCGUGGUUGGUGCCAUCGGCGGAAUGGCCUUCCUAUCCGUCGUCCUCUGCAAUUUCGCCGGCACCAACAUUGGCACCACCAUCCUCCUCUGUCGCGUUCUCCAAUCCUGGAUCCAGAUUCGACACAACGACGGCAUUCCCAUCUCGAAGCGCAUGUUCUGGGCCACCGUAUACAGCAUGGUUAUCGGAGUCAAUUACGGCGCAUUUAGCACAGCGUUCAGUGCUUCAUUGGCCGGCCUCCUGUGGCGAGAUAUCUUGUCUCGGAAGAACAUUCACGUCCGGAGUCGAGACUUUGCCUGGAUCAACUUGCCGAUCAUCGCUUUUGCGACUAUCAUUGGCUGUGUGGUGCUGAUUGGGCAGGUCUACAUCACAAGAGGGACGGCGGCGUACACUGGCAUGUCAUGA